GUGAAUAUUCAUUCAAAUAGUAGUUUUGUAGGCAAUAUUUUCAAUGUGUUCAUUGUAUGUCCAAUAUUUUCACGCACAAAGCAAAUUAAAUGUAACAUGCCAGUAUCGUUUAAUUCAUGUUCUUUAUGUGUAAAAAUGCAAUGUUUGAAUAAAAAAGGCUAGAUCAUCGGACACGACACGCUUUCCCCUCUUUAGCAGGUGCGCUGGUCAUUCAUGGUCACUGAUUCCUCACAUCACUGAGCUUGCUGAUAUCCCGAACAUAAAUUUGCAAACACAGCUUUUAUCUCUGAAUAUCUAAUCACCUAAAUUACAUAGCGCAUUCGAAAGCACUAUUAAGUCACAAACCAUAAAAUGGCGAUCCUCUGACCAUCAAAUUGCCAUAACACCCUGGGAAUAAUUGAGCGCGGCGGACAGUGCAGGCACUGCAAUGCGUGCUGGCCAUAAAUUGUUUUAAAUCUCUACACGUCAGAAGAAGAAAAACCAGGAAGAAAAACACGGAUGCACUUUAGUCAUGUUGGUGACCAUCAUUGACGCGUUGUAGAAAUCGGUUCCAUUACAACAUUUCUGAAAAUGGUUUUAUCUACAGCAGUGAUUAUCAUUUUGAUAUCCGUCUCUGCAAUUGCACCAAAUCCCAAAAAUGUGCGUACAGAAGAAAACGAGGGUGACGAUAUACUUGGACAGUCUUUAAUAGAAGUUGAAGCGACAAUGGCUAGUUUUGAAAUGACUUCGCUGUCAACUGAUACGCUUGGGCAAUCUUUGCAAGGCAUUGACAAUAUAAAUGAUGCAGUAAACCAAAGCUGUAUCUUGUCUUCUUCGUCCUACACUGAAAUGGAUAUAUCAGAAAUUUCCAAUUUUGAGGAGAAUUCGGUUUCAAAAUCAAACAGAAAUAAUCCGGAAAAUAGAUUUACAACCUCAACUCCAAGAAAACAAAAAACGAGACAAUCAUCGGAAAAUAUUCCAAGCAUUACUGAUGAUAUAGACAUUUCAGAGUGCAGUUCCAUAGGGGAAAAUAGUCUUGAGGAGGAACAGCCACUGACUUUUGAAAGUAGUUUUGAAACAACAAUGCCCUGCACUUCCAGUACGCCGCUUUUGAUAAAAAAGAAGAGAACAACCGUUAAAUCAUCUAGACACCGAAAGUUACUACAGAAAGCACUUUCAACAACAUUUAUCUGUUUAGUUAGAUCAAGAAAGUGCCGAUUAUCUUGCUUAAGUGGAAUAAAUACAGAUUUCGUAAAAAAAGUAAGAACAAGGGUUUGGACAAAGGACUUUGAAAGCAGAGUUGAAUGGUUCUCUGACAAAUAUUCCGAGGCCAUUAACAAAGAAAUAUCCGUCAGAUACACUAUAGAAGAUGGGCGACAGAUUUGCGCAAAAUGCUUUAGGAAUUUGUACAGACUGGACAAAUCAUUUUAUUACAAAUACAUUUCAAAAUUUGAGAAAGGUGCGCUUUCAGCAGGAUACAGAAAUGCCAAAACACUGCACAAAACUUCGGAAUUAGCAAUGGACUGGCUAAACGAUUAUGCUGUUUUUCACGGGGACCAAAUGCCUGACAAGGGUAUCGUUCUUUUGGCAUACAAAACCAGGAAAAUUGACAUCUUCAACCAAUAUUUUGACGAAACUGUGGAAAAAAUGCAGAAAACUGUUUCAAGGUCAAAUUUUUACAAAAUUUGGGCAGACAAUUUUCCCAGUCUAAAAAUAAAGCAGACUAAUUCUUUUUCAAAAUGCAACACCUGUACAAAACUUGAUGCGCAGCUACAAGCCACCAGAGACCCGAUAAAGCGUGAUGAAAUUAAAGGUCUAAUUAAAGCGCACAAUUACAGACAAAUGAUGGAAAGAAAAUAUUACUACUCAAAACGCAACCAAGCAAAAGAAUCAAAACGAAGAUACAUGUCAAUAAUUAUUGACGGAAUGGAUCAGAUGAAGACUAAUUUGCCUCAUUUCCUUGGACGUCAAUCCAAUGAUUUAGACAUGGCAAACCUUCUGUCUACCCACAUUCAAGGAGUCAUUAAUCAUGGAUUAGAUAAAUUUACAAAAUACGUGGAUAUCAACGAAUAUGCACAUGACUCGAACAUGGUCAUGAACACAGUUUUGAAGGAACUUUAUUCAGCUAGCUUGCAAAUGGGAAAUUUUCUACCUCCAACUCUCUAUGUCCAAGCCGAUAAUUGUUUUCGAGAAAACAAAAAUAAGUUUGUUUUAGCAUUUUGUGAAAUGCUAGUGUGGAAGAACAUUUUCAAAGAGGUGCACAUUUCCUUUUUGUUCGUCGGACAUACCCAUGAAGAUAUUGACGCUGGGUUUAGCAAAAUCGCAGAUCAAUUGAGACGAAACGAAGCUUCAACAAUACCAAGACUGCUGUCUUUGAUACCCAAUACUCGACAACUGAAAGGGCUUUAUGAUAUAAGAAACUGGUUGUCUCCAUAUCUAAAUUCAGUGUCUCAACAUACUAAACCCCAUCAUUUUCGAUUUUAUAGGGAUUAUCAAAAUCAAGUAGUUUCAGAAUACAAAGGAAGUCACAAUAAUCUAUGGAAACGUUUACCUAGCACAAUUUUGAAACAAAUGCCAAAUGGUCUUCCACAAAUUUUAAUACCUCCUUAUUUUGAAAAAAUAAAUAUCGAAGCAUUGGAGAAAAAUAUUGAUCGCUCAAAGUUUUUAUUUUCAGAACAAUCGCAGUUUCAGUGGUGGAAACGAUUUGUUAAUUACUUAAAAGAUCUUAAAUCAGACCUAACACUUCGAACGAGAUAUGCCAAAGAUCAAGCAAGAUGGUUGCUUCCACUUCUUCCUAAACAACGAGAAAAUGCAGACCAAGAAGAGGCAGGGCCAUCGAGACUUGAUCCCGAGUUACAUGAAAUGGUGGACAAAGAAUUAGAUGAACCGAUUGUUCAAAUGCGAGUUCAAAAGAAUACCAAUCCUUUGAGAAGAACACCUGGUGCUAAUGCUAGCAAUAGAAAAUCGCAAAACAAAGAUGAUGUUUUGAAUAUUGCCAACACCGAUGAUCAGAAAUCGACACACUUGAAGAAGAGGACAAAAAAGAAGACAAAUAAACAGAUAAUUGUCAGGACAAUUUUUCAAACAUUAGUAUAUUUUUAUAGAGUUGACACAGAUAAACAUUUUUAUCUUGAUCUGUUUUUAGACUUAAUUCAAGCAAUCCAUUCAAUUUGUGGUAUUUUCAUCUUCUUACAUAUAUAUGCAAUGAGCUAUAAUCUUUCAGUAUUUGCCUUUUUAUGGCAUCUUACAAUUAGAUGUCAUUUAUAUAGAACAGCGUAUACAAGUCUUCUUUUUUUGAAUUAUUUUGAAAUUUUUCUUGAGCGAAGCUAUAUGCCAUCCAUUUGCUUCAGUGGUUAAAUUCCUUUAAAAAACUGUCGGAACAUUUUGAUUCCCAUUGUCCAUUGGUUUUGAGAGCUGUUAAAUAAAAUAAGUAUCAAUCUAGUAUUGUGUCAGUACAAUCUUAGCUUUUUGACGUCUGUUUAUACACUUGAGUGUAACUUUCACCUCAAUGGAGUAAAAUUAAUCUUACUUUUUAAUUUGGGGGUAAAUUUACCCCAUGGUUAAAGAUGGGAUUUUUGAUUGCUAUACAGGUGUACAUGUAAUCAUAUUGUGUAGGUGUUAAUCUUAGUUUUUGUUUGUCUUACUUUUUUAAAUGGGAGAAAUUUACCCCAUGGUAUAGAAAGGGAUUUUUUAAUUGUAUAAAAUGUUAUGUAGGUGUUAAUCUUACGUUUUGAUUUUGAGGGAUAUUUACCCUAUGGCUAAAAUAGAAAAUUGUUAUUGCUAUACAUAUCAUGUGUUGAUUUUAAUUUUACUCCUUGAUUUGGAAGGAAAUUUACCCUAAGCUAAAAAAGGGAACUUGUAAUUGCUAUACAUGUAUAUGUUGUUUAGUUGUUCAUCUUACUUUUGGAUUUGGCAGGAAAUUUACCCCAAAGGCUAAAGAGAGAGAAUUUGUAAUUGCAAUACAUAUUUUGUUUACUAGAUUACUUUCUAAUUUGGGAGGAAAUUUACCCCAAAAACUAAAUAGUUUAAAAUGUGUUAUCGUUAUAUGUGUGGUGUGUAUUUAUUUUACUUUUUGAUUUGAGAGGAAAUUUAUCCCAAGGCUUAACAGCUAAAAUUUGUAAUUGCUAUACAUAUAUAUGUUGUGUAGGUGUUUACCUUACUUUUUGAUUUGGGAGGAAAUUUACCCCGAGGCUAGAUAGUUAAAAAAUGUUUUAUCGCUAUAUCGAUGGUGUGUAUAUAUUAAUCUUACUUUUUGAUUUGAGGGGAAAUUUAUCCCAAGGCUUAAUAGCUAAAAUAUGUCUUUGCUAUUACAAAUAUAUGUUGUGUAGAUAUUGAUUUUACUUUUUGAUUUGGGAGGAAAUUUACCCCAAAGCUAAUAAGAGAAAAUUUGUAAUUUCUAUACAUAUGUUGUUUAGGUGUUUUUCUUUCUCUCUGAUUUGGGAGAAAAUUUACCCCAAGGCUAAAAAGCUAAUUGGUAAUUGGUAUAAGUGUGAUGUGUAUAUAUUAAUAUUACUUUUUGAUUUUAGGGUAAAUUUAUCUCAAGGCUAAAUAGCUAAAAUUUGUAAUUGCAAUACAUAUGGUGUGUAUAUAUUUAUCUAACUUUUUGAUUUGAGGGGAAAUUUAUCCCAAAACUUAAUACUUAAAUUUUGUAAUUGCUUUACAUAUAUUAUGUGAACGUGUUCAUCUUACUUUCUGAUUUUGGAAGGAAAUUACCCUGAGGCUAAAGAGAGGAAAUUUGUUAUUGCUAUACAUAUGUUGUGUAAAUAUUAAUCUUACAUUUUGAAUUGGGAUGAAAUAUACCCUAAGGCUAAAUUGAGCGAAUUUAUAAUUCCUUAACAUAUCGUGUGUAGAUAUUUGUCUUAUUUUUUGAUUUGAGAGGAAAUUUACCCCAAGACUAAAAAGAGGGAAUUUGUAUUUUCUAUACAUAUGUUGUUUGUGUGUUUUUCAUACUUUCUGAUUUGGGCUAUGUAGUGGAAAUUUGUAAUUGCUAUACAUACGGUGUGUAUAUAUAAAUUUUACUUUUUUUAUUUGAGGGAAAUUUAAUCUGAGGCUAAAGCGGGAACUUUGUAAUUGCUAUGCAUAUGUUGUACAGGUGUUUAAUCUGUUUUUAUAUGUAUUUACGAGUCAAUAAAUGAGUUAACACAGAUUUUUCUACGUUUCU